AUGGCUUACCCAGUCCCAGGAUUAGGUCAAAUCCCCGGCGGAGAUUCCCAGUUUCUCCCUGUCGAGGCCGAAGGCAUCAAGCAGCGCGUCGACGAGGUUUUAAAUUGGGUUGAUUCGCUGGAGCACAAACUGAAAGAAGUAGAGGAAUAUUACUCGAUCGUUGGCGUCACAAACUCUGGUAAAGAUUCAGAUAAAGGGAGACAAGUUGUGGGGAUUAGGAAGAUCCAACAAGAGGCGGCGCGUAGAGAAGCCGUUGCUGCCAAAAGAAUGCAGGACCUCAUGCGUCAAUUCGGAACAAUCUUCCGUCAGAUAACUCAGCAUAAGUGCGCAUGGCCGUUUAUGCAUCCUGUCAAUGUAGAAGGUCUUGGUUUGGAUGACUACUUUGAGAUCAUUGACGAGCCAAUGGAUUUCAGCACGAUAAAGAACCAAAUGGAGGCUAAGGAUGGCACCGGGUACUGGCAUGUUAUGCAAGUACAUGCUGAUAUGCGGCUAGUGUUUGAGAACGCGAUGAAAUAUAAUGAAGAAGCAAGUGACGUUUACUAUAUGGCGAAAACAUUACUGGGCAAGUACGAAGAAAAAUGGGCACACUUUCUUCCAAAGGUUCAAGAAGAGGAGAAAAUACGGGAGGAAGAGGAGAAGCAAGCAGCAAUGGAGGCUCUGCUAGCAAAAGAAGCAACUCAUACCAAAACAACAAGAGAAUUGAGCAAUGAGAUUUGCAAUGCCAAUGACGAGCUGGAGAAGCUAAGGAAUAUAGUUGUGGGGAGAUGCAGGAAAAUUACAACUGAGGAGAAGCUUCAUAUUGGGAUGGCAUUGGCAAAACUGUCACCGGAUGAUCUACAGAAAGUGUUGGGUAUAGUUGCUCAGGCUAAUCCUAUCUUCCAAGCUAGAGCAGAGGAAGUGACUAUUGAGAUGGACGUACUGGACGAACCAACACUGUGGAGGCUAAAGUUUUUCGUGAAGGAUGCGUUGGAGAAUGCAAUGAAAAAGAAGAAGGAAGAGACGACAAAGAGUGGAGAUUUGAGAAGGGCACAAAGCAAUGAGGUUUCUAACAAACGAAAUGCGACUAGCAAGUUAGCAGAGAGAAGAACGAAACGGCCACGCGCGUGA